AUUUUGGGAUAAAAAUUGCAAGGGAAAAAACACACACGGCCUCCUUCCCUCUUCCUCCUUCGGGGAGGGUUAGGGAGACAACUUUGAAAAUGGAGCCGAGGCAGCACAGUGUGGGGAGACAGUAGUGAGGCGAAAUAACACGAGUGGUGGGAGAGAGGGAGAAGAAGGAGGAGGAGGAGAAGGAGGGGGCGAGCGAAUUAAAAGUUGGCCAAAUGGAGAUAUUGGGUUUCAAGUGGAGUGGAGAUGGGAGUAAAGAAAAAAGAGGGUUUGCCUCUGCGAGUCUUUAUGUUAUGCUAAUCGGGAUAAAUAUUUAUAGAUUCGUUCUUGUCCGUCCAAGUGCGCUUCCAAAAAAAAAGGCAGGGCGUCGACGACACUUCGACGGGCUAGCUAACCGUAAAGCCGAGCGUUUGGUCGUCAAAAUGUCUCCUGAGAGAGCGGAGCCGACGAAGACUGGGACCGGGUUAGAGAAAGAGUGCGGCCGCCCGGCCAAGCCUCAGCUUCGGGGGAAAUGUGACGUGUGGCGCCGUUCGGGACGAGGGAGAAAGCCUUGCCCAAAACGCGUCGAGGCAAUCACGUCGACUGGCCCCCGGACUGCGAUUAUGUCGAUACGAGGCUGUUUUGGAAACAAAAGCUUAAAGGCUGCACAUUUAGCGGACUUUCACGUCUCCAUUUUGAGGCGUUUACUGGACGCGAUUGUGACAACAUGGCGUUCGAGCUAGGGCGGCUUUGAAGGGCAAUUCGAGCUUUGUUCGACACAUUCGUGGCUCCUACUCUGGGUUGGAGUUGUCGCUUGUGUCAAACGGCUGAUUUUUUUUCUUUAAAUUGUUUGGUUUGAAUGUUGCCUUUUUAAAGCUAUUCCACAAUUUUGUUUAGCUACGGCGCCAUUUCUCACCAUUCUACAUGUGCGACUCGAUUCGAAACUGUCACGCCAGUGAUUUUUGUUAAUCAUUCGGCAAAUAAGUGCCUUCAAAACUGCUGUGGCUUUGAUACGAACUUAAAAGUCAUUGUUGCCCUCGUUUAUAUGUUUAAAAAAAUACAACCCAACGCUGUUUUGACCCCAGUAAAAAAAAAAAAAAAAAAAAAAACUUGUCGUAACGGCAGAAUGCAUAUUUCUCGGUAAUAACUUUACCGUUGAUAGUAAUUGCUGCCGCCAAAAGGACUUCAAAUACAUUUAUAAUAAAAGCUUUAUUGUUGUUUGGAUGGUUCAAAGAUGGAGUCUGAAUGUGACUGGUGCAGCGCUUUAAAAAAAUACUCUGGCUUCCACAGCAGCCAUUUUGUUUAGAUUGUACAGUGCAGAAAAUGUUAUUUGAGUCUUACUUUUCUCUAUGCGCAAUAAUGACGUUCUAGCAUGGAAAAUGUACAUUGUUCCCAAACACCUGCACAACAAACUGAAAACAUGAAUGUUAGUGUCAGCAAGGCCUGCUCACACCCUUUAUUUAUUACACAACACAGUUGACGGCUGACAUAAAGCCAACAAUUCAUUAUGUCUGCCCUUCAAGGUUAUUUGGAGCACGGUGUAGUUCCUUCCACACAAAUGCAUUUUCACCCUGAGUGGUGACUAUUGUAGGGCAGGAAAGUGACGGGUGGGUGUAGUGUGUCACAGUACAGUAGCCAUGUUGUCUGAAGGAAGACUACACUCCACUGCACUCCCAUGCCUGGCCCGUUCCUGGUAACAUAAGUGUGUUACAUGACUGGAUCCAUGUGGCCAGAUACUAAUCUGUGUCAUGGAUGAUGAGGAUGACCGCCAUCUUCUGGAUAUUUUAGGAGAUGUGGAUGCAUUGAAUGACUAUCUCCAUGGCAACAACAGCAAGUCCAUUGAAGAGGACGACGUAGCCAAUGCUGCGUACGGCUCGGACGCGUCUUUCUUUGCUGGUGAUGCUGCGAACGCUGGACUCAAAGAUGGUGCCUCCACAAUGGCGGGGUUCGAUGGGGAUCCGACGGGGGAUGGCCUCCAGCUCUCUGGCAGCCUUUCAUUCAUCGAGGACCACCUGGGAGUGGGGAGCCCCCCCGGAGGCGGUGUGGACCUUGGUGAAGAGCAGCCCUUCGACAUCCUUCAAAAGUCCCUGCUGGAGGCCGACAUCACGGAGCAGACUUUGGCGCAGGAGGCCUUGUUGGACACCCAGCCUGCGCCCACCCUCGUGCAGGCCCCUGUGCCCUUCUCCUCCCAGCUGGUCUCUGGGGGGUACGGGGGAGGCGUGGUUACUACAGCGGCGACGACGACAUUACCGGCUGCACAGUUCCUUCAGGGCGUGUCGCCGCUGCCGAAUGGCUCCACGCAGCACAUCCAGCUGCUGGGGUCCUUCGGGACGGGAAGCGGAGUCAUGACCCUGAGUGGUCUGGAAAGAACUCCUCAGAUCGUGCUGAGGGCGGCCGGCCCCGUCGCCACGUCGGGGUCCCCGGCCCCAGGCGGGCAGGUUUUCGCCCCCACCCAGGGGCAUCUGAGCCAAGUGGGCUUCAAGAACAUUCCCCUCCAGAACGUCAUCAUCCAUAGAGGUCCGGGAGGGGCGCAGACUCUUGUCAGGCCCAUUCAGCCUAAACCACAUCAAACUGGGACUCAGACUGUAUUCAGCCUCCAGCCUGCGGCCCCAACCUUGGCUAGCGUGACUACCAACGCUACACCACAGUCGACCACCAACGGCUCUUUGGUGGUGGAUCAGCAGCAACCACAAACUAACAUACAAGCAGGACAGUUUUUGCUACCUACGCCUUUGGCCGUCCAUAACGGCCCCACCGCAGACCAAAUCGCACCACAUAACACGGUGCAGUUAGUCGCCGGGCAAAAACUUACAACGCAGGCAGGUGGACAGCUAAUAUUGAAUCAGGGAGCAACGACCGGCAGCGCAGCGCAAACACGGAAGACCGUCGCACCUGCCACGUGUGCCCCUGGACGGCUGUCACUGAUCAGCCAGGGGCAGUACUCUGGCAGCCCCGUGCAGCGGCUUCUCGUCACGCAAACGCCGAACUGUACGUCUUUGUCUCCUUUACCCAACACGCCCGCACAAGAACACAGACAGAAUGCUUCAGGAGCUGCUGUCAAACAAGUCCAGCUCAACGCACAGAAGAGGCCUGCCCCCGCACCACUGACAAAAGGAGGAAUAAUUUUACAGCAGCUAAGGGAACAUCACGAGCGGGUGGACAGGCCUGACCGGAGACACUUUACGUCGUUCAGUGACGUGCUGCAAAGGCUCCUGCCCUUUCAUGUGUUCCAGGGUGCACCGCCUAGCCACGAGGAGUUCUCGCAAGUGGAUGAGGAGUUCGAAUCGGUUGCGACUCACGUUUUGAUGAAGACCCAGGCCAUGAUCAAUAAAUACAGACGGCUGCUUUUGACUGAAUCUGAGCAUUCCAGUCCUUCGUCAGAGAUGGUGAUGAUCGACAGGACCUUCAACCAAGAGGAGCGCCACUGCCUAACGCAAGACAAGCGUAUGCUACUCGUGGAUCCAGACGCUUUCCUGGAGGACUUCUGCUGCGGGCUGAAAUCCAAACGUUUGCCAGAUCCCGUCCCCUCUCCUCCGCCGCUCGCAACUGACUCCGAUGAGCCGGCGUUUAGGACAGACUCGCCGCCUGGCUUCGGCGACCCGGGAGGAGGGGGCGAUGACAAACUCCAAGCUUCACGCACGGGCAACAAAAGCGUCUUGGAUGUGAAGCGAUCCCAGGGGGAGGAAGGUAGCAACUCAUCUUUUGCAGAAAGGGGGCACACACACCAACAGGCGGCAUCGCCCCCACACCUGGACACAGACUCCGCUCUGGAGGCGGCCGUCAACAGCAUUCUAGAAUGUUAACAAACCACACGGAGCUUUGUUCUCAUUCAUUUGUGAAGUUUGUUCUGCUCUUUACAUAGCACUACCUUCGUUUUACAUCGGCGGAUACUGGGGGUCCUCGGUUUGCGAUGGAGUUCCCUUCCAACAUGAUCUGAAUUUGGUCACGAGGUGGAACGGGUAGUAGUUGAUCACUAACCUACACUAACGCAUUGUCAUGAUUAGAGUAAAUAUUUGUAUAAUGAAACACUUUUGAGCCUUAAACAAUAUGAAGAAAAGCAAGAAGUUGUGCCACACAAAGCUGUAUUAUUACGCUGCUAUGCAAAUUAGAUGAUUUUUCGCACGAUGUAGUAUGGAAAUGUCAUAAUUACAGUUAAUAUUUGUGUUUAAAAACAGGUUUAGGUAAUUAAAAACGCAAUAUAUGAAAACCGGAACAUAAUGAUAAUUCCUUACACCGCUGAUAUGAAAACCGGAACAUAAUGAUAAUUCCUUACACCGCUGGUCAAAGUAGUUUAUUACAAGUGACAGGACUUACUUUUUGCCUUUCAGAACCCUAAAAUGUUAUUUAUGGUAAUUUAAGAUAUUAAAAAAAAUAAUCCUAUGGGACCUUUUUUUUUUUUUUUUUUAGGACUGGCUAUGAAUGCUCACGUUAAAAUGGAUUGAACGUCUAGCGCCAUCAAUGGCAGCCACUGAGGUAGAUGAGUGCCCUAUAAAGGAUUAAGUAUAUAAUUAAAAAAAAAAAACAUUUUGGCUUUAGAUCUAAAAUACAAUGAAAUUCUGAGAAUAUGGCACAAACUGAGCAUGCCUUAUUGUGCCGCCAUAUUCCUACGCCGCUGCGCAAGGUAGUUCAUUUUGCACCAUUUGUACCUCACACUUUCAUACAGUAAAUACCUGCAUGAAAAAAACACUUCUAGGACGAACAUCGAAAACAUUCCAGUGACAAACGGUAAGUACGGCACUGAGUGAGCCUACCUUAAUUUUGCCUUGCCAUCAACCAAGGACCCCCUGUACUCUAAAGACAGGCACUUGUUCCAAUCACCUAUGGCGCUGUGGGAAUGUGUGCAAUUUAAAAGGAUCCAUAGUUCUUAUUUUAAUGGCCAGUUUGUUCACCGUGACAAUUUCGUGCCUAUACUUUUAUUUCAAAGGGUUUACAUGAAGAAUCCUACAUUUCCUUGACCAAUUGCACUAAAAGCCGUUUAUAUCGGACUGCACGCAAGCGUGUCACGUAAGCCGCCAUGCCACACCCGCUCACUUCAAAUUUGGCAUUUUCUUUGGCUGUUUCCCUUUCUUUUGUACCUUAAAGGUACGCGAGUCCCUACAUGCCAAACACGCAAACUUGCCUAUCAUUUCAAUGUGUUUGCGCUAGGGGGAGAUUAAAUUAAUCCUCAGAUUGAGGACGUUACUUUGUUCAUUUUUGUUUACAUUUGUUUGCUUUGGUUUUAAAACUGUUUGUUGAUUGUACGCAUUGUUUUAUUUUCUUCUCAGCAGCACAACCAAAUAAGCAUAUUUUGUUGACAUCACAUAGGACUAAAACUGCACUGUGUUGUUACAUAUAAAAAAAAAACAUGACUGAAUAAAUUCAAUUAAUUUCUGCCAACAUUACAAUUAGUUUGCAUGUUCUCCUCGAUGUACUGCAGCUUCUGCUCACAUUCCAAAAACAUGUUUUUUAGCUAUUCUUGCGACAAAAUUUUGAAUGAAUGGCUGUCUAUAUGGCCGGCGACUAAUCCAGCGCCAAAUUCCAGCUACAAUGCUGAGAAAAAGUGCUGUUGAAAAUAGAUGGAUUCAUAAUCUAUCUUCUAGCUGCAAAUCUGCAUUGAAAAUCAACUAGUUCUAUUUUUAAAGGAAGAAAGAUCACUUUUCUUUUUACACCACAUCGCCAUUUUGUGUCAUCACUACGCGGGUCCGCGCUUGUCCUGCUUUCAACGCGAACUGUCUUGACUUGAUCUGUAUAGUUUGUUUUCUAUAAACAAAAAAUAUUUAUAAUUUUUGUAUGGAAGAAGAAAAGAAUGUUAAAAAAAAAAAUGAGAAAAUGGCAAUUAUUUUGUAUUAUUUUGGCGUCACUUGUUCAUUGUUGUGUUGCCUACAGCAGCAACAAUAAAUUCAGUUUGAAUACAAAAA